AUGAACAGGGUGAGGAACUUCAUCACCAAAGGCCAGAUAGAGUUAAAAAUGAAGACGUGAAAGAAAAUGUCAGAAAUCAAGGCGGUCCUAAACGAACAAAAGACAGCCAUUUCGUUGAGAAGCGAGAUGGGAGAAAACGUAAUGUACAUUUUCCAGUGUACAGAAUAAUGAAGGCAAGUAAAUCCAUUCAGUGUGGAAAGUACUUCAGAAAUACAUCACAGCUCCUUGUGCACCAAACAAUAUACAGAGGGGAUAAAUUAUUUGAAUGCUCAGUGUGUGGAAAGAGAUUCACUCAGAGUGCCACUCUUCAGUGGCAUCAGAGAACCCACACAGGGGAGAAACCUUUUGAAUGCUCAGAGUGUGGAAAGAGAUUCAGUGAGAGUGGCUCUCUUCUGCGGCAUCAGAGAAGGCACACAGGGGAGAAACCUUUUGAAUGCUCAGAGUGUGGAAAGAGAUUCAGUGAGAGUGGCUCUCUUCUGCGGCAUCAGAGAAGGCACACAGGGGAGAAACCUUUUGAAUGCUCAGAGUGUGGAAAGAGAUUCAGUGAGAGUGGCUCUCUUCUGCGGCAUCAGAGAAGGCACACAGGGGAGAAACCUUUUGAAUGCUCAGAGUGUGGAAAGAGAUUCAGUGAGAGUGGCUCUCUUCUGCGGCAUCAGAGAAGGCACACAGGGGAGAAACCUUUUGAAUGCUCAGAGUGUGGGAAAAGAUUCAGUGACAGUGGCACUCUUCAACAGCAUCAAAGAACCCACACAGGAGAGAGACCUUUUGAAUGCACAGUGUGUGGAAAGAGAUUUAGUAGGAGUGGCCAUCUUCAAUUGCACCAAAGAACUCACACAGGGGAGAAGCCUUUUGAAUGCCCAGAGUGUGGAAAGAGAUUCAGUGAGAGUGGCACUCUUCAAGUGCACCAAAGAACUCACACAGGUGAGAAACCUUUUGAAUGCUCAGAGUGCGGAAAGACAUUCAGUGGGAGUGGUGAUCUUCAACGGCAUCAGAGAACCCACACAGGGGAAAAACCUUUUGAAUGCUCAGUGUGUGGGAAAAAAUUCAGUCAGAGUGGCAAUCUUCAAGAGCAUCAGAUAACCCACACGGGAAAGAAACCUUUUGAAUGUCCAGAGUGUGGAAAGAGAUUCAGUCGGAGUGGCACUCUUCAACUGCAUCAAAGUACCCACACGGGGGAAAAGCCUUUUGAAUGCUCAGAGUGUGGUAAUAAAUUCAGUAGGAGUAGCCAUCUUCUACGGCAUCAAAGAACCCACACAGGGGAGAAACCUUUUGAAUGCUCAGAUUGUGGAAAGAGACAUGCUGAGAGAGGGAAUCUUCACAAGCAUCAGAAAACCCACACAGAGGAGAAACCUUUUGAAUGCUCAGAGUGCGGAAAGACAUUCAGUGGGAGUGGUGAUCUUCAACGGCAUCAGAGAACCCACACAGGGGAAAAACCUUUUGAAUGCUCAGUGUGUGGGAAAAAAUUCAGUCAGAGUGGCAAUCUUCAAGAGCAUCAGAUAACCCACACGGGAAAGAAACCUUUUGAAUGUCCAGAGUGUGGAAAGAGAUUCAGUCGGAGUGGCACUCUUCAACUGCAUCAAAGUACCCACACGGGGGAAAAGCCUUUUGAAUGCUCAGAGUGUGGUAAUAAAUUCAGUAGGAGUAGCCAUCUUCUACGGCAUCAAAGAACCCACACAGGGGAGAAACCUUUUGAAUGCUCAGAUUGUGGAAAGAGACAUGCUGAGAGAGGGAAUCUUCACAAGCAUCAGAAAACCCACACAGAGGAGAAACCUUUUGAAUGCUCAGAGUGUGGAAAGAGAUUUAGUAGCAGUGGCAAUCUUCAACAGCAUCAGAGAACCCACACAGGGGAGAAACCUUUUGAAUGCUCAGAGUGUGGAAAGAGAUUCAGUGAGAAUGGCACUCUUCGAGUGCACCGAAGAACUCACACAGGGGAGAAACCUUUUGAGUGCUUGGAGUGUGGAAAGAGAUUCAGUAGGAGUGGUGAUCUUCAAGUGCAUCAAAGAACCCACACAGGGGAGAAACCUUUUGAAUGCUCAGAGUGUGGAAAGAGAUUCAGUCAGAGUGGCCAUCUUCUACCGCACCAUAGAACCCAUACAGGAGAGAAACCCUUUGAAUGCUCAGUGUGUGGAAAGAGAUUCAGUGAGAGUGGCGCUCUUCUGCGGCAUCAGAGAACACACACAGGGGAGAAACCUUUUGAAUGCUCAGACUGUGGGAAAAGAUUCAGUGACAGUGGCAGUCUUCAACGGCAUCAAAGAACCCACACAGGAGAGAAACCUUUUGAGUGUUCAUUGUGUGGAAAGAGAUUCAGUUACAAUAGCACUCUUCAACGGCAUCAAAGAACCCACACAGAGCAACCUUUCGAAUGUUCAGAGUGUGGACAGAGAUUCAGUAGCAGUGACACUCUUCAACGACACCAGAUAACCCACACAGCAGAGAAACCCUUUGAACUUUUGGGAGAUGGUGGGCUCUCCUUCUUUGGAGGUUUUUAAACAGAGGCUA